GAAAAGCCGUUAUCCGUAUAGUUCACGAUUUGUUGCAAUAUGUUUGGUGUCGAUAGAUUAUAUUUGCAAUUUUGAUAACAUUAUCAAUGACUUCAUUACCGAAACACAACACAGCGCUUAUGAGGGUCGCGCUGCAGCGAGAAGCUGCGCGAUCCUAUCGCGAGAAGAGAGAAUCUGAUGCGAUUUCUUAUUCAGCAGAAGCGCUUUGUGUGGAGAUUCAUAGGAAAUUCGACAAUCAUAGCCGCAAAUUGACGGUGAAUGUGUCUCUCGGAUCCCUGGUCGAUGAGAUUGAAUUGACUGAGUCAAAUGAAGCUGAAUGUUAUGAACCCGCAGAGGGUUUCGAGAGAAUACUUCAAUGCUGUCGGCAGCUACCGGAACAAUGGACCGUCUUUCAAAUACACAAAACAUACACCCCUCGGUGGAACCAGCUCACACAUCAGCAAUUGCUCGAGGAGAAGACUUCCCUUGAGAUUGUGUUAUUCACAUAUCCAAACUCGGAGCUUUUAGACGGACGACCUGUGUUAAUUCGCCUAGAACCGCCAGAGGAUCCUGAGUUUUUCCCUCUUGUUUCCUCUAUUCCCGUAAAGAUAAAAGGCCUGCUGACGGAUGAGAUAAACACCGGUUCAAUGCGACAGGAAGAAAUGGAUACCAUCAUUGGCAACGUGAUAAAUCGUUUGGCAGGCUGGCUUGGACCGUGGAUCGUUCUGUUCAGUGGGAAAUUUAGUUCGCCCAAGGAUCAACAGCUGGAAGCGGAAAUCUUCAACCGGGUGGAGGAUUUUUCAAUCACCAACAAACUCAGCAAGAGGGAUCAGAUUUUGAUAUCACUCGUGGCAAGACGGUUGGACAUGAUUAGUAUGGAAGCGAUUUACCGCUUCUGCUGCGAAAUGGUAAGGAGUGAAAGUCAGCUGAAGGAAUUGUUUAGAUUCCUGUCGGUGCUGAAAGAAAGCAAGUUUGGGGCGAAUCAAAGUUUCAGCUGCUUCCCGUGUUUGAUGAUAGUGGAUGAACUGCUCGAUAGUUACCCGUGGGAGAUGAUGAAUACGAAUCAGGAAUUUAGUCGGUUGGGAUCUUUUCGGAUACUGAGGCAACUUUACGAGACACAUAAGGAUGGUAUCAAAAACGGAUACCUAAGGGUGUCUGCGAAAAAUUGUCAUAACAUAAUAAAUCCCGACAAAAGCUUGGUGAAAAUGAGUGCUCGACUGCAAGCAUUCUACAAGCAAUGGUAUCCUGAAUUCAAAUUGAUUGUUGAUCAACCUCCGACGGAUUCGGAAUUCACUUCCAUACUUCACGAAGCUGAUGUUAUGAUUUACAACGGUCAUGGGAGCGGCUUGCAGUUCAUUGACGGGGACACAAUUCUUCAGCAUGACAUAAAGAGUUUGAUAUUCCUGUUUGGUUGUGAUUCGGUGCGGCUCUUCCCAAAUGGAUUGUUCAGUGAAAUGUCCGGGAGCCAUCUAUACUACAACAUUGCCAAAUGUGCUGCCGUGGUUGGUGCCCUAUGGGUGCUGACCGAUUUCUACACCGAUUACUAUUCGAUACUGCUAGUGGCGAAUUGGAUUCCCACGGCCAGCCCCUCGCUCCGUGAUUAUUCCGUUUAUGAUUUGGAUCCUACCGCGUUCAAGCAUGGAACGCUGCAACUAGUGAAAAAAUCAAAACUGCAGUGCCGUGAAUUGGGUGAUGAUAAUUUGCUCGCGCUGAUGACACAAUUCCGUCGACGUAAUCGUCUCCCGAAACGCAUACGAUGUGCAAUGGUCUGCCGAGGUUUGCCAGUCAUUAAUUCCACCUUCUGAAGGUAAGUGCUGUGGCGAGUGCCAAUGUGGUGGUCGAUUAGGAUCUAGUCAAAGUGGUGUAAUAUAUUUGUUUUUAUCUCAU